AUGGCUGAAGUCUCGGAGGCUUCUUUCACUGGACAAAACUCGGGACUACAAAUAGCGCUCAAUAAGGGUCUCGUCAAUGCAAAUUUCUACUCCCGCACUGAUCCUGAAACAUCGGCAAACAGAGCCUGCAUCCAGGAUUUGCAAGUGACGAAUCCUCGUCAUGACAAGAGCCGCAUCGAGGGCUUCAAAGGAGGACUACUGAAAGAGGCAUAUAGCUGGGUCCUUGGCCAUGAUGAUUUUAAAGAAUGGCUUUUUGAAGAACAUUGUCAGCUACUCUGGAUCAAAGGGGAUCCUGGAAAAGGGAAAACCGUGCUUCUAUGUGGAAUCAUCGAUGAGUUGACCGAGACCAUUCAUGAUACCUCUACGAUCGCCUUCUUUUUCUGCCAAAACACCGACGCGCGGAUCAAUAAUGCCACCGCGGUCAUUCGUGGUCUUAUCUCUACGCUAGUGGAACAGCGGCCAUCUCUCAUAGCUCAUGUGCGGCGAGAGUAUGACAAAUCUGGGAAGCAGGUAUUUGAGGAUGUUAAUGCAUGGCAAGCUUUGUCAAACAUCCUCAUGGACAUGCUUAAGGACCCGUUGUUGAAGAGCACCUAUCUGAUCAUCGACGCUCUUGAUGAAUGUGAAACGGAUCUAUCUAGACUUCUCGGCCUGAUCGCGCAGCACACCUCCACGACUCAUGUAAAAUGGCUUAUAUCUAGCCGCAACAGAAUCGACAUCGAGUGGGGUCUACAACUGGAAAAGUCGGGGGCGAAGCUGAGCCUUGAGCUGAAAGGAAAUGCAGAAAAGGUGUCCUUGGCAGUUGAAGCAUAUAUUGAUCACAAAAUCUCGAAUCUUUCUGCCCUCGUAGAGGACGAGGCUCUAGGGGAUCGAGUCCGAGAUCAGGUGCGCAGGAAAGCCAACGGAACCUUUCUGUGGGUGGCUCUCGUCUUUCAAGAACUUGAGAGAGCGCAGAGCUGGGACGUUUUGAAUGUGCUCGAUCAAAUACCAGAGGAUCUGGUGGCGCUCUAUGACCGGAUGCUAGGGCAGACAAAACAACUACAGCGAAAUGAUCCGGAAUAUUGUUGGCUUGUGUUAUCUACAGCAAUCUCGGUAUAUCGCCCUCUUAGCCUCGUCGAGCUCGGUGCUUUGUCUGACCUUCCAAGCCAAAUUGCAAACAAGGCUGAAUCUAUCCGAAAUGUAGUGAAGAUGUGCGGAUCUUUCCUCACAAUUCGCGAAGACCAUGUCUAUAUCGUUCAUCAAUCUGCCAAAGAUUACUUGGCUGAGCAUGUGGCUGCGGCAAUCUCUCCGAGCGGAUUCGCGGGUAUCCACUACAGCAUGUUUUCGCGCUCACUGAACAUCAUGUUCAACAUUUUAAAGCGUGAUAUCUACGGUCUAGGUGAUUCUGGAGUUUCGAUCCAGCAUGUCAAACUACCCGAUGAAGACCCGUUAGUUUUGGCUCGCUAUCCAUGCAUAUACUGGAUCGCUCAUCUGAAUGGUGCUCAUUUGAAUGGAAAAGAAUGGGACGACCUGCAGAAAGGCGGCCAAAUUCACAUGUUUCUUCAAACAAAGUUCCUUCCCUGGCUGGAAGCACUUUCCCUGCUCGGAUGCAUGUCGGAAGGAGGAUUUGCGAUCUGGGAGCUCGGCACACUUCUGAGAGAGUCACAAGAUUUGCAACUGCACGGCUUAGUCCAGGAUGCCUGGCGGUUCAUUGCAUCGCAUGGAAGAAUCAUCGGGGCUUUCCCUCUUCAAGCCUAUGCGUCGGCGCUCGUUUUUAGUCCCAAGGCGAAUAAGAUCAGAAAACAGUUCUGGAAAGAGCGCAUACCAUUCAUUAAAGAAAUUGAAGUUCUCGGUGGGCAUGACCUAUGCCUGCAGAACCUCGAAGGUCAUGAUGGCCCGGGUCCGGUCUAUACCAUCGCUUUCACACCGGAUGGUAGGACAGUGGCGGCUAGUCAUGUCGAACUAAGAUUUUGGGACGUGGCGACUGGAACACGUCGACAGACAAUCGAAGGCCCUAGAGGCUUAAUCUACACUUUCGCCUUCUCGCCAGAUGGCAAGACGGUGGCAUCAGGUUCGACUGAAGGCAUCAUAUGGCUCUCCGAUACAGCAACAGGCACACAUCGAAGUACACUCGAGGGCCAUACUGGCCGCAUCUUUACCGUCGCCUUUUCGCCAGACGGUAGCACAAUUAUUUCUCGCUCAGAGGAUAGCACGGUGCGAAUCUGGGACGCAGAGUCAGGCGCACAUCGGCAAGCGAUUGGGGGCUAUAGAGGAAGAAGCUCAAUUGGGUCUGUUGCUUUCUCGCCAGAUGGCAGCACAGUUACAACAUGUUCACUGGAUAACGUACUGCGAAUCUGGGACACAAAAACAGGCGCACAACGGCAGACCCUCCAGGGCUAUAGAAGAAAAAACUUGAUCAAGACCGUCUUCUCGGAAGACGGAAAAACAGCGGCAUCAAGUCUCAAUGAUUGUACAGUACAGCUCUGGGAUGCGGUAACGGGCACAUGCCAACAGACUAUCAAGGGUCAGUGUUAUGACAGACUUGAGGCUGUUGCCCGCUCACCAGACGGCAGGUCGGUGGCGUUAGGUUUCCUAGAUGGCACAGUGUGGCUCUGGGACGCAAAAAGAGGAAUACCUCGACAAUGGUUCAAAGCCGAAAGCAAUAUUUACUCCAUUGUCUUCUCACCAGAUAGCAGAAUCUUGGCGUCAAGCUGUUGUGGUUCUACAGUGCGGCUCUGGGAUGCAGCCACAGACACGGGUCCGCACACACUCGACGGGCACGAUAGGUCAGUCAUAACAAUCACUAUCUCACCAGACGAUAAAAGAGCGGCCUCGGGUUCAUUGGAUCACACAGUACGGCUUUGGGAUGCGGCAGCAGGUGCCUGUCUACACACACUUCGGGGCCACAGCAAUAACGUCCGAACUGUUGCCUUCUCGCCAGAUAGCAAGAUUCUGGCUUCCGCCUCAUCUGAUCGCACAGUAAGGCUCUGGGACACAGCUACAGGCGUGCUAUUGCAUCAGCUUAAUCGCUGUGGCAACUAUAUUGACCUUCUAGUCUUCUCACCAGAUAGCAGGACCUUAGCAGCGAUUUCAGACGAUACAUGUACAGUGCAGCUCUGGGAAACAGCGACUGGAGCCUGCCGUCGAACGCUUCGGGGGCAUAAAAGCGGGGUCAGAGCCUUUGCCUUUUCAGCAGACAGCAAGAUGGCGGUAUCGGGUUCAGCUAUUCAGAGCGUACGGCUGUGGGACGCGACAACGGGUAUACACCACAGGACACUUAUGGGCCAUAUCGAUGGAAUUACAGCCGUCGCGUUCUCGCUGUGUGGCCAAAAAGUGGCGUCGGGCUCAAGGGACUCUACGGUGCGGCUCUGGAACUCAGCAACAGGUACACACCAAAAGACAUUCAUGGGCCAUAGAGAUGGAAUUACAUCCGUCGCGUUCUCGCCCAGCGGUCGCACAAUGGCGUCAAGCUCGUGGGAUUCUACGGUGCGGCUCUGGGACAUGGCAACGGGUACACAACAGCAGACGCUCAGGACUGGAGCAUCGGUAGUUAGAAGUCUUUCGUUCUCAGACGAUGGGCGGUGCCUCAGGACGGACUAUGGGUUUUUCGUGAUUUCUACGCCUACGGGGUCAGCCCAUUUGACGCCCCAGGAUACACAGUCAUUCCGUUCUGCUUUAUUCAUUGACGAGGAAUGGGUUCUUCGGGACGGUAAACGCAUUCUGUUUCUACCGAAAGAUUACAGGCCCGAUAGACCCGGCUCCCAGAUCGUGGCUGGUAAUCUCAUUGUUCUAGGACAUCAGUCAGGAGGGGUGACAUUCAUCCACUGUGAUUUUGAUUAUUCUUGA